UCGUUUUCCUUUCUCACCUUUUAAGUUCCUCACUUCUUGGCUCUACACUCAUGCCACAAUCCAAAUCAAUCACGUAAUCAAAAUCCUCCCCUUCUUCCACUCCCGAAAUCUCACAAUCCCUAAAUCUCUCCCUCUUUGAUGGACAUUCUUCGAUCUAUGGAGUUUACACUUCCAAUUUCACCACACAGAAGAAAAAAAUGGCUAAUCAUACUAUCCCUCCUCGGAGUCUCAACCUACGGAGCCUACAAAGUUUACAAUUCCCCAUACAUCGCCAGAAAGAGGAAGCGUCUCACAAACCUCUUCGAAGCAAUCGCUUCCUUCGCCGAACUAAUCACCGACUCAGCAGAAACCAUAACCCUCGUCUCCCGAGACGUAAAGCAGUUUCUCCAAUCAGACUCCGACGAAAUCCCAAACAGCUUAAAACAGAUAGCGAAAAUCACCAAAUCGAAAGAAUUCACCGAUUCAAUUUCUAGGGUUUCCGAGGCCGUAACCGUCGGUGUUCUCCGUGGAUAUAGUUUCAAUAACGUCGAAGUAGAAGUAGAAUCAAAUUCAAGUGUAGUUGAUAGAGUUUUAUUCUCAGAGGCGGGAACUGGUUUUGUAUCAGUUAUUGUAGGUACCUUCGCCAAGAACCUCGUUCUUGGAUUCCACGAGGUUGAAGCUAGUAUCGAAACCACAACGAAACCGAAACCUAGAUGGAUGAGUUUGCUCUGCGACGAUGAGAGUUGCAGAGAGCUCUUAGCUGAUUGCAUUGAGAGGUUCACCACCUCUGCAGUAUCAAUCUACAUCGAGAAAACGGCUAGGAUCAACACAUACGAUCAGAUAUUCUCUGGUUUGACGAAUCCGAAGCACCGAGACAGCGCGAGAGACGUUCUUGUCUCCGUCUGUAACGGAGCUCUCGAGACGUUCAUGAGAACGUCUCGGGAGGUAUUCACGACUUCAAACGCUGAAGAAGAUGGAGAAACUUUUAGGGUUGGGAAUGGAUGGGGGGAGGUGCUUACGAGUACGUUGGCGGUUCAGAAUAAUAGGAAGUUUAUGUUUGAUGUUACGGGGAGAGUGACGUUGGAGACGAUGAGGUCGAUACUUGAGUUUGUGGUUUUGAAGACGUCUCAGAGCUUUAGGAGGAGUUUGAGUGCGGUUCAUGGAGAGGUUAUGGAUAGAGGACGGCAAGUGGUUGGGUAUGUUGGUGCUAAAUCUUCUGUGAUUAUCACUCUUUGCCUUGCGGUUUACUUUCAUGUUGUUAACCGGUUUGUUGGGGGUUCUCCGGUUAGUUUAAACCAGCAUUUCUAGUCGAUCUUUUAGCGUCUUUAGAGUAUGUUAGGGAUAUGAGAUCUUCAGCUUCCACAUUGAAUGUAGAUUUUUUUGUGUUGUCAGAUUGAAUCUAAUUGAUAAAGAAAGUUCUUGAGAUGAUAUUUGCAUCUGUAUGUAAAUGUAAGAGUACCAAAGCAAAGGCGAAAAAAUCAUAUGAGAGUGUUUGAUGUUUGAGUCGAAAUUAAUAUUAUUUGUGAUUUUGGAGUAAAACAUGGCUCAUGGGA